CUAUUUAAACCUUCAAAAUCUCUGUCUUUCCCAUCGUGAGAUAUAUUUGAAUAGAAUAACUUUGAGUUGUCUUGUGUAUACUCAUCAAUGGCUCCUCUUUUGCUUCUUCAAGGUGAGGAUCUACAAAAGCUCGCAAGAGUAAUCCGAAACAAAGAGAUCGAUAUAGUGAGCAAUCUCCCUUUCCAAUCCGAACAAGAACAAGCAAAAUAUAUGAGGGAGGUGGGAGAUAAUUACCACGCAACCAUAAAACUUUUGGACGAUGCAGAUGCCAUCAAGCAAACGUUCAAAGACGACGAAACUAAAUCUUCGAUUGCUCAUGAACUGUAUUCUUAUGUGGAAAAAGCUGUUAACAUCUCGCUCCAAGCAGUGAAGAACUAUGCACUUCGAACAAACUAUCUGUCAAAGAUUGGUGCGCACUCUGAAGACAUUUUCGAAGCAUUAAAAACCUUAGACCCAAACAAUGUGACCAAUGUAGCUCGUUUGGCCAAGGAGGCUAAUCAAUAUAAUGAGAGUAUGCAACAGAUCAUGUUAAACCAUCAGAGUCCUGCUUCACGCAAUUUCUCCAAAUGGCUAAAGGACAGUGGAACUAAGUUUGAAGACCUUGUCACAAGGUACCAAAACAAACGUGGUUUUACGGGACUAUUCAAGAAUUUGGAAAAUGAAGAAAAGCUUCUGGUGUAUAACGACAUAAUUGUAGCUUCUGGGCGAGGAAGUGUGAUAGCGGACACAAUAUCAAUUGUGUCUGGUGUAGCAGGCAUUUUGUUUCUCAUCCUUGCAACAGGAAUAAUGGUAUGGGACAUCUUUACCGCUGAACAUGUUCUACAGACAGCAACAAAAGAUGUAAUGGUGACUGUUGCGACAGUGGGUGGGGCAAUGGUCGGACAAGUUGUGGGAGCUGCUUUGCCAACUUUAGCUGGCGUUGAAGCUUCUUCUCUAUUUUUGAUGGCUACUGCAAUUAUAGGCAGCAUUGUGGGAGCCUUUGUGGUAGGUGCCUUUGUUGGUUGGUUGGUUGAUCAUAUCUUUAGCUCUGGAGGCCAUUAUCCUCCCAGCACUGAUAGCCAGACUUGCUAUGUCGCCCCAUUGCCUGAUGGUGAGUCGAUUGCACGUCAAAUAUAUAAUCAGUAGAACUCUAUGCUUAUUGCAUGAGUCUCUAAUGACAUAAGUUGACAACAAUACUACUUGUAAGUUUAUAUGAAUAAUUAUGAUGGAUAAAUAACCUUGUUGGUUCUAUGGAAGGAACAUAUAAGU